AUGGCUACGGACUCGAUCGACUUGCAGGAGAUCUACCAGUUCGCGAUCCAGCUCGCCAAAGACGCGGGGCGGCUCAUACUCGAGGGGUCGAGCAAGCGGACCCAGUCCGCGGCGACGACGCAAGACCCAGACACCAAGAAGAACCGGGUAGACCUCGUAACGGAGACGGACCAGGCCGUCGAGGCGUUCAUCAAGCGUUCGAUCGCCGACAAGUACCCCUCCUUCAAGUUCAUUGGCGAGGAGAGCUUUGCGGGAGGCGAGCGUGUCGACUUGACGGACGAGCCGACGUUCAUAGUCGACCCUAUCGACGGCACUACCAACUUUGUUCACGCGAUCGAUUUCGUCUGCUGCAGCAUCGGCUUCACGUACAAGCAGGAGCCGGUCAUCGGCGUCAUCUACAACCCCUUCCUCGACAAGCUCUACUCCGCCCUGCAAGGUCACGGUGCCUACCUGAAUCAAACUACUCGCCUUCCGCUCACGCACCCAAACCCUCCGCCCCUUCCUUCGCUCGGCGACGCCGUCAUUGGCGUCGAGUGGGGAUCGGACCGGAGCAAGGCGGUCAUCGAGAAGAAGGGCCGGACAUACAUGAAGCUUGCGGGAGACGGGAAGGAGGUUGAAGGCGGAGUCAUGGCGCACUCGCUGAGGAGUAUCGGAUCCGCCGCUCUCAACUACUCGAUGGUCGCCGCUGGCCAGCUUGACCUGUACUGGGAGAUCGGCUGCUGGAGCUGGGACGUCUGCGCCGGUACGAUCAUUGCACGGGAAGCAGGUGGCAAGGUCUAUGGCAAAGGCGGCAAGCCCUGGCAACCUCAAGACCUCAUGGGUCACCACUUCUUGGUUGUUCGUGCGAUUGCGGACACGCCGGGCGGAGAGACGGGCGAGCAGGCGCAGGACCGGAUCGCGAAGGAGUUCUUCCAGGUCGCCGAGGAGUGGGAUGUCUAG